ACCUGCAGGUCUAGUGUUGUAUUCUGUUUUAUAAGGUACUGCAGAAAAUUUUUAUUUUUAAGGUUGUGACAAAUGACUAAUACCAGUGUAAAGCACGUUUCAUCUACUCUUUGGAUAAAUACCUCUCUUGACUGUACAUAGUGACUGGUGCUCUUUCACUUGUACUCAUAAAGAGGGUGUGUGAGACGUGCAGAAUCCACAUCUUCCCGAGUAAUCCAAUACUGGAAUACUAACAUGCUCCACAUCUGUACUAAUGAAUGCAGCCUUGUGUCUACUCUUUUGUGUCCUCUUGUCCACUUUGCCCUUUCACCACUUUACUCUCCACUUUCUAAUCAACCAUCAAGUUCAAUCCUUCCUGGAAACCCCUAUUCUUUGAUCUAAACACUGUUUAAUGCUGGCUGUUGUGGGGACAAAUAAAGAAAAACAAAGUGGGGUGGGGGGGAGAGAGAGACGACACACGCUCCUAACAUGCUCAGAGGCACUCCUUAACAUCACAGUCCUUCAAAGUCUUCAGCGCCCAUAAAGAGGCUCCCAACUGGCAGAGACCUCAAAUCCCAUCGCUUCUUUCCCUCCUGAACUGGGGGGUGCGGUGGGGAAGCAGCUUCUCUGUGUGAGGCCCUCCGUGACCCACGCUCUUUGGCAUCAUCAUCAUCGCCAUCAUUCCUCCUCGUCCUCCUCCUCCACCCGUCUCGUCUUCAAGGAAGAAACCGAAGCAGGCACCUUUUGGUGGCGGGUUCGGAUCCUGAGGGCGGUUUCCCAAGCUGCACCGCGGCGGCAGCGGCGCUCUCUGGCUCGGCCCGUCGCUGUCACCGCCAGGAGGAGGCUCAGGCGGCUGCGCUUUUCCGACCGGCCUGCCUGCCUGCCUAUCUCUCGCCCGCCGCCGCCGCCGCCGCCUGCAGGAAGGAGCCCUCGCUUCUGUCGUUGCCGCCGCCGCCGCCGCCAUCAUGGUGCCCGGGGCAGGAGCCCGAGCUGCGGCCUGGGGGCUGUGAGCCCACCAUCACUUGUCUCCAGCCCCGCUUCCACUCCCACCGUCGUCACCUCGCCGCCGCCGCCGCCGCCCUUCCCGCUUCCGCUCUGGGCCGGCUAUUGCACUUAAGAAUGAACAUUGAAGACAAGCUGGGAGGAUUAUUUAUUAAAUGUGGUAACAUAGAUCAAAUGCAGUCAUCCAGGGAUAUGGUUGGAAUGGGUGCUACAUCUAACCAGUCCUCAGUAUCUGCGGAACGGCAAGAAGCAGUACUUCAAGACCGGGCUAUGGCACAUCAGGAAAUGCUUUCUGCAGAUGACGUGUUACGAGAAAGUGAACUUCGACAGCAAGAAAUGAUCCCACAUGAUGAACUAAUGGUCCAUGAAGAGACAGUGAAAAAUGAUGAUGAGAUAGAAGGACAAGAGAGACUUCCUCAAGGGCUUCAGUAUGCAGUCAGUGUUCCACAGAUCAGUGUAAAACAAGAAAUUACUUUUAGUGAUGUAACAGAACGACAGAAAAGGGACAAAAAAUUAAUACGAGAAGGUUUAGAUAUGCAGAAGAAGAAGAAGAGGAAACAGCGUUCACCAGCAAAGAUUCUUACAAUAAAUGAGGAUGGAUCACUUGGUCUGAAAGCUACCAAAUCUCAUAUUUGUGAGCAUUGCAAUGCUGCCUUUAGAACCAACUACCAUUUACAAAGGCAUGUCUUCAUUCAUACAGGUGAAAAACCAUUUCAGUGCAGUCAGUGCGAGAUGCGUUUCAUACAGAAGUACCUGCUACAGAGACAUGAGAAGAUUCAUACCGGUGAAAAGCCAUUCCGAUGUGAUGAAUGUGGCAUGAGAUUUAUACAGAAGUAUCACAUGGAAAGACACAAGAGAACUCACAGUGGAGAGAAGCCUUACCAGUGUGAAUACUGCCUACAGUUCUUCUCAAGGACUGACCGUGUACUGAAACACAAGCGCAUGUGCCAUGAGAACCGUGACAAGAAACCCAACAGAAGUGCCACCAAAGUUGGCCUUUUGAGUCCUGAUGAAGACCAAGGCUUCUCUAUACCUUUGAAAGACAGCUCUUUGCCAAAGAAGAAAAGGCAGAAAACUGAGAAACUGAAGUCUUCUGGGCUGGAUAAAGAAAGUGGGCCAGAUAAAUCUGAACAUAAAAAAGACAAAAAUGAUUUCUUGCCUUUGUAUGCUGGCAGUACUAAAAUAAAGGAUGAAUAUAUGGUGGCUGAAUAUGCAGUUGAACUACCCCACUCAUCUGUUGGUGGAGGGCACUUACAUGAACCACAUUCUGGAGAAAUACACCCACCUAAACUGGUGCUCAAAAAAGUCAACAGUAAAAGAAGUCUAAAACAGCCCCUAGAGCAAAACCAGACCAUUUCAUCUUUAGCAUCUUACGAAGAUAGCAAAGUUUCAAAGUUUGCCUUUGAUCUUGUGGACAACAAAGUUCUCUUGGGUUCAGAUGGCAAUGCUGACAUUGACCAAGUUGAUACUUUACAGGAAGGUCCCAGCAAGCCUGUACACAGCAGUACCAACUAUGAUGAUGCAAUGCAGUUUUUAAAGAAAAGGCGGUAUCUCCAAGCAGCUAAUAGUAACAGCAGAGAAUAUGCUUUGAAUGUAGGCACUAUUGCCUCUCAACCUUCUGUCACUCAGGCUGCUGUUGCAAGUGUGAUAGAUGAAGGUAGCACAGCAUCAAUCUUGGAUACAUCAGGACUGAAUGUGGAGAUAAAGGGGAACCAUGACAAAAAUGUCAUUCCAGAUGAGGUACUUCAAACUCUUUUAGACCAUUAUUCCCACAAAGCCAAUGGCCAGCAUGAAAUAGCUUUCAAUGUGGCAGAUACUGAAGUGACUUCCAGUCUUUCAAUCAAUUCUUCUGAAGUGUCAGAGGUCACACAAAAUGAGAAUGUUGCAACAAGCUCUCAAGGUUCCUCAUCUGAUAAAGCUAGUAUGUUGCAGGAGUAUUCGAAGUUUCUUCAGCAAGCUUUGGACAGAACUAGCCAAAAUGAUGCCUAUCUGAACAACCCAAGCCUUAAUUUUGUGAGUGACAACCAGACUUUAACAGGGCAACCAGCAUUCUCUGCUAUAGACAAACAGGUCUAUGCAUCUAUACCUGUCAAUAGUUUUCGAUCAGGAAUGAACUCUCCAUUAAGAACAACUCCAGACAAGUCUCAUUUUGGACUUAUCGUUGGAGAUUCCCAGCACUCUUUUCCCUUUUCAGGUGAUGAGCCAAAUCAUUCUUCCUCAUCUUCUACCCAGGACUUCUUGGAUCAAGUGACUUCUCAGAAGAAAGCAGAGGCACAGCCUGUCCAUCAAGCAUAUCAAAUAGGUUCUUUCGAGCAACCGUUCAGGGCUCAAUACCAUGGAACAAGAGCUGGAAUAUCAUCUCAGUUUAAUACUUCGAAUGGACAAGUGAACCUGAGGGGGCCAGGGACAAGUGCUGAAUUCCCAGAAUUCCCCUUGGUGAAUGUAAAUGAUGCUCGAGCUGGGAUGAACUCUUCACCUGAUGCCACAACAGGCCAGACAUUUGGCUAAGAAAAUGUGUAGAAAUAUCGUUGGCACUUUAGCACAGCUGUUGACGUUCAUCCAUCCAUAGUUUCUGGCUUGUCAUCUGAAAAAAACACCUCCACUUCGAUACGUACAAUAUGUUCCAUAUUUCUUAGAUCAUUUUUUAAUGAUGUGUGUAUCAUGUUUCAUAAAUAUUUGAAGAAGAUCAAGAGUGAAUCUGGGAUCAGCCUGCUAUAAUAUUUCAGUAUUAACAUUCUUUGUAUUUGCAAACUUACAAAUUAGAAAUUCAACCCCUUUGAAGCUUCAGAGGAAAAUCUAGCAGAGUCUAGAUCAGAAUUUUAGAACGGAGAGAUGUACUUGUGAUCUGGGUAUUUUGAUUGGUAAAAACUUGUAUGUAAUUUUUUCCAGUUGAUAUGAUUAUUAAUAAAACAAACAAAGGUUAUGUUUUCUUACAUUCAGCUCAAAAGCAGCCUUGCAACUUUGGGAAAUGCUUUCAUUUUACAUUUCUGCAUGUCUGCUAGGUAUGUAGCACAUUGAACUACUUCUUUUGCAACAAAAAAAUCCCAAGAAAGUAUUACAAUAAUUGAAAUGUGUCAUUAUGUUAAAAUUUUAACUUUCGUUAUUUUUAAACAACUUUGUUUCAGGGAAAUUUUCUAGUUGCUUUUGCCAUACAUAUAUAAAACUAAUUUUCCUGUUAUCAAUGAUAAUUUUAAAAGAGAGAUCUUCUGAUGACGAAAACAUACUGAAGCAAGCAAACUUUUCUCAGAGUUAUUUCUUGCUUUCUUUAUUGCAGUGGAUGGAAAGGUUAAAAAUGUAUAAAUGUUUAUUUUAUUUUUUAUAUAAUAUUGCUCUGUAAAUAUGAGUUAUCAAAUAAGGAUGUACCUAUGAUUGAAUCUUUGAUUCUGCACAGUUAGAGUUUAUAUAUAAAAUAUAAAUGUGUCUUGACAAUCAAGGACUUAAAUGUCAGUCUUCCUUUACAAUGUUUUAUUAAUGUUAUGCAUUCCAUUUGUUAGACUUGAGUACCAAUGUGGGAAUUUGUAUUGUCUGUAAAGUAUGUAAUGUUUUUACAGCUUGUUUUUAAACUAAAAAAGGAAAAAAGACCUUGUAUAUAAACAGAUCACAGUACUGCUUUAUAUCAGGAGGGAUAUGAUGUACUGUAUGUAAGCAAUAAUGCCUAACAGUGCUAACUUUACAAGUAGCAUAAGGAUAGUUCCAAAAACUGUUUGGAGGAGUUAAUAGCUUUGUUUAAGUUAAUGUUUUUAAUCAAUAAAUUCCACUUUUUUCUGUU